AUGUCUUACAAUCCACGAAUGAGCCUUGCUCCCAGCUCACAACAACAAAAUCGAGGCAAAAAGAAGGAGGAAGAGAGUGAUUCAUUCAUGCGCCUGCCCGACAAAGAAAUUGCAGGAUGUAUCAGCGAUAUAGGUGUACCAUUUACUGCAGCAGACCUGUUAAAGCCCAAUCCGCUCCAAAUUCAAAUGAUCUUCGAAUGGUUUGCAGAGCUGCUCAUGAACACGACUCGCGAUACAGUUGAUCCUGCUAUGCGCGCAGCUUCCGAAGACGUGUGUGAAGACUAUCCAGAUAUAGUUCCGGCAGAAACCAGGAAUCUUAUGGGUUUCUAUGUUAGUUUACGCAAGUUGCUAUUUGAGUGUGGCAUUACGGAUUUCUCGUUUCAAGAUUUAUACAAGCCAACACACGAACGUCUAGUAAAGAUAUUCUCUUACAUCAUCAACUUUGUACGAUUCAGAGAAAGUCAAACACAGGUCAUCGAUGAACACUUCAACAAGGCCGAGACUACAAAGGUUCGAAUCGAGACGCUAUAUAUGGAAAACCAAGAGAUGGAAAGCCGCUUGGAUGAGUUAAAACGGAACCGCAGAGCAAUGGAGGUCCAUAUUUCAGAAAAAGUUAAACGCAAUGAAGAGCUGAAAAAGAGGCUCUUAGAAUUGCGCCAAAGCCAAGACAAAAUGGCACGACGAUUUGAAGGACUCACUAAAAAGAAGAAGGAGAUGACUGCUAUUUUGGAGGAGAAAACUGCCGCGACUAUCGAAUUGAGACAAGAAAGCUCGAAGUUACAGCCAUAUGUAUCUCAGUCACCAGCUGCCCUGCAAGCAUCAUUAACAGACUUGAGCAACGCACUAAAUACAGACAAGUCGCAAAUCGAUACCUUGGAUCGACGGGCCCGAGCCUUGCAGACUUCGACCGAUACUUUCACAGUAGUCUCUGCAGAUGUAGUUUCAUGUACAAAACUUUUGGAAGAGAUUUCGAUCGAAUUAGCCAAGGAGGAAGAUGAAAAUGUGAAAGUAGCGAGACAACGAGACGCACUUGGUGAAAGAGGAAACAAUGUUCGUGAAGUGGAGAGAACCGAGGCUUUGCUACAGCGACAAUUGUCGAAACAUCUUGAACGAACAGAGAAAUUGAGAGAUGGUAGCAAAGCAAAGGCUAUGAGUGCUAAAGAGAGGAUGGAAGAACUGCGAGCCGUACACAGAAAGCUCACAGAAGAGAGAAACGAAAAAGGCAGGGAGAUGGAGAGGAGGAAAGUAAGGAUAGAGCAGACAGAAAAAAAGAUGGCGGAUUUGAAAGAAAACAUCGAGAAUGAAAUACACAGUGCGCACGACGAGUUCUUGAAGAUGGACUCUCAUGUUAAGCUAUACAUCACGGAAAUGGAGCAAUCUAUUUGA